GUUUCAUUAGAACCAGUUGAAAACUACACCAGGAAAAAUGUUAUUGAAGGUCCUGUGUCUCACUGUUCUUGUCGCCGUGGCACACGCUGGAGGUCCCGCAGCCUACAGCACGUACACAGCCCCACUCGACUACGGCUCUGUGGGUUCCACGCACGAGAGCACAGUGAAGGGCUUUGGUGGCAACUCCGUCAUUUCUCAAUACUCGAAGGCUGUCGACACCCCCUACUCGAGCGUCCGGAAGUAUGACACUCGCAUUAGCAACGACGCUCUUGCCUAUGCUCCCGCCGCCCAUGCCAUUGCCGCCCCCGCCGUAGCUUACGGUGCCGCUCCAGCACUUGCUUAUGGCGCCGGAUACAGGGCUUAUGGUGCUGCCCCAGCACUUGCUUAUGGCGCCGGAUACAGGGCCUAUGGUGCUGCCCCAGCACUUGCUUAUGGUGCCGGAUACAGGGCUUAUGGUGCUGCCCCAGCACUUGCUUAUGGUGCCGGAUACAGGGCCUAUGGUGCUGCCCCAGCACUUGCUUAUGGCGCCGCCCCAGCAGUUGCAUACGGCGCUGGAAUCAGAGCAUACAGUGCUGGGCCAGCGCUUGCUUAUGGAGCUGCCUACUCCCCAGCCAUAGCCAAGACUGCAGUCGCUGCUCCACUCGGAGUAGCAUACUCUGCUGCUCCUGCAGUGGCUCACCUCUCCUUCUCCGGAUUGGGAACCGCGUACGGCUACUAGGCGCGUACGUCACGAACCUCAUACACCAUUUAUUGCUGCUACUUUGUGUUUUCCGUUUCGAAUCAUAUUUUCUGAUCGCUGUCAUAUGACAUCCACCUUUAACUUGUAAUAUCGUGGAUAUUAUUUGAUGCUUUCAUUUUAGGAAAGCGUGAUGGA